AAACGACAAGCUUAUCGUGAUGAAAACUAUCCUAAAUUUUUGUGGUCUAACGGAGUGAAUUUCGCUUUCCACAAUUCAAGUUUGUCUAUAAAGCUUUUGUUUGCAUCCUCAUCAUAUAAGCGACAAAACAUAUUUUUCACAACGGACAGUAGUUUGGAAAUCACUAUUUUUAAAUACACUGCUAACAAGCGACAUUACAGCUAAGGAUAAAAUCGUCGUCGUGAAAAGUAAAGGAUGUUGGUCAUAUAUCGGACGAAUUGGUGGAAGUCAGAAUUUCUUCAUAUUUACAAUGAUACUCUAUUUGAACGCCUCUGUUAGAAUAGAUGUUGGGACGGCUGCGCACGAGAUCGGCCACGCCUUGGGUCUCUUCCACACACAGUCAAGGCACGAUCGUGACAGUUUCGUUACACUUCAAUUGCAAAACAUCCUCCAAACCGAAAAAACCAACUACAACUAUAACUUGACCUACGAUUAUGGAAGUCUUAUGCAUUAUGGAGCAACCAUUGUCUCCAAGAACCGCAAACCCUAUAUAGUGCCACACAACACCAAAUUCAUGCAAACCCUAGGGUCACCCUUUAUUUCGUUCUAUGAUAAACUCAUGGUGAACCUGCAUUAUAAAUGCCUCGACAAAUGCAAUGAAGCGUCUUCUGCAAAAUGCGAGAAUGGCGGGUACCCUCACCCAAGAUACUGUUCGAGGUGUAUUUGUCCUAGUGGAUAUGGCGGCAAUACGUGCAAUGAAAGAGCACCAGCUGGUUCAAAAAUUGAAGUGGUCUUCCAAAACUACACUGAAAAUUUGAGUUCCGAUGGAUGUGUAUGGGCUGGUGUUGAGAUCAAAACACUGGCAGAUAAACGUCAUACUGGUUAUAGGUAA